AUGUCUACUACAAUCAAGAAAGCCACUGACGUCUAUUUCACCUUAAACAAUGGUAUCAAGAUCCCGGCUUUAGGUUUGGGUACUGUUCCAUCGGGUGAUCCAAGUGGAGUUAAGGAUCAAGUUGUCACCGCAAUCAAAGCUGGUUAUCGUUUAAUUGAUACUGCUUGGUACUAUGGUACAGAAAAAUAUGUUGGACAAGCUUUGAAAGAAGUAUUUGAUGAAGGUGUCGUCAAGAGAGAAGAUAUAUUUAUCACCACCAAAGUGUGGCCCUCGUUUUGGCACAGUCCUGAAAAAUCAUUGGAUAUUUCAUUAAAAACACUUGGUUUGGAUUAUGUUGACUUGUUUUUGCAACAUUGGCCAACUGAAUUACAUGGUGAUGAAAAUGGUGAACCAACUGCUCCAAAAGAUGACAAGGGAAAUUUGAUUUAUGACGAUGAUCCAGCAACUGGUACUAAGUUUAUUGAAGUUUAUCAAAGUUUGGAAAAGAUUUUGGACAAUACCAAAAAGACUAGAUCAAUUGGAGUUUCCAACUACUCCUUGCCCAAAAUACGUCAAUUGUUGCCUCAUGUGAAGCAUGUUCCAGUCGUUAAUCAAAUAGAAUACCACCCACAAUUGCCACAGCAAAAUUUGGUUGAUUUCUGUAACGAGCACAAGAUUAUCGUUGAAGCUUAUUCUCCAGUUGGUGGCCCAGGAGCACCAGUGUUGAACUUGCCAUUGGUUCAAGAAUUGGCCAAGAAAUAUGACGUUUCUACUAAUGAAAUUGUUGAUGCUUAUCAAAUUUUGAAUGGUAGAAUUGCCAUUCCUAGAUCGUCUAAUUUGGAGAGAAUUAAAUCAAUUGUCAAUUUGCCUGAUUUGAGUAAAGAAGAAUUGGAUGAAUUGUAUCAAAUUGGAGUUGUUAAUCCAACAAGAUACACGAAUGACCCUUGGGGUUAUGGUUUGGGAUUCCGUUGGUGGGAUGGAGACACUUUGAGUAAAGAAUUUGAUUAG